AUGGAAGAAGCUGAAGACAGUAUUGCAGUGGUGGGAAUUGGAUGUAAUUUUCCUGGGGGAGAAGGGCUUGACAAUUUCUGGAAGGUUCUCGUGGAUGGAAGAAACUGUUCGGUGCCAAUUCCCAAAGAGAGGUUUGAUCUAGCCAGCUGGUAUGACCCUGAUGACAACAAAGCGGGUAAAUCCCGCACAGCCAAGGCUGCUCUCAUUGACGGGUUUAAUGAGUUUGACCACAAGUUCUUUGGCAUCAGUGACAGUGAAGUGGAACAAAUGGACCCUCAACAAAAACAGCUCCUUCAGUGUGUUUACAGAGCUUUAGAAAAUGCUGGAAUUCCCAUGGAGAAGGCCAGUGGGACCAGGACAGGAGUGUUUUUUGGCCUAAUGAACAGAGAUUAUGAAACAAAUGCUGCACAUGUGCACCCAAGUGUGAUCAACCACUGGACUGGCACAGGGCUUGCCAUGAGUAUCGCAGCAAACCGAGUCUCAUACAUCUUCAACUUUACUGGGCCCUCACUGUCCAUAGACUGUGCCUGCUCGUCCUCCCUUGUGGCUCUUCAUCUCGCUUGCCAAUCCAUUAAACAAGGCGACUGUGACAUGGCUAUUUGUGGAGGAGUCAACUGUAUCAUAGAGCCAAGAGUGUUUGUUGCUCUCAGCAAGGCCAAGAUGAUCUCACCUGAAGGGACCAGCAGACCUUUCUCCAGCAGUGCAAAUGGCUAUGGUAGAGGGGAAGGUUGUGGAGUUGUUCUCCUGAAGCCGCUGAAAAAGGCAAUACAAGACCAUGACCAUAUCUGGGGUAUUAUCAGCAAAACAGCCGUCAACCAAGAUGGACACUCGGUCACUCCAAUCACCAAACCCUCCAUGACACAACAAGAGGAGCUGCUGCGAAGAAUCUACUCUGAGUCUGACCUCGCAAAUGUCCAGUACAUAGAAGCACAUGGGACUGGAACCCCAGUCGGAGACCCAACAGAGGCAGGAAGCAUCUCAAACGUCAUUGCUAAAGCCAGACCGCCUGGUUCUGAGACUUUGCGGAUUGGCUCUGUGAAGAGCAACAUUGGACAUACGGAAUCUGCAGCAGGAGUGGCCGGACUCAUUAAGGUUCUCCUAAUGAUGAAGCAUGAGACCAUUGUUCCCUCAGUUUUCUACUCUGAAGAAACUGCAAGUGUCAAUGCCAAAGCCCUUAACAUUAAAAUACCUAAGGAAGCAGAAAAGUGGGAAGCCUCUGAUGCAAGAAUUGCAGGGGUGAACAACUUUGGCUUUGGGGGUACAAAUGCACACACUAUUGUCAAACAGUACAAACAGUCACCCACUAAGCAAAAGAAUGAUGGAACACAACCAAAGUACUAUAUCAUGUCAGCAAAUUCAACAAAAUCUCUCUCCCUGAUGAUGGAAGACACCAUUAAACAGCUAGAAGCAGAUAGUAAAGUUGAUCUAGAUUCUCUGUUGUACACAUCAGCUUGCAGAAGAAGCCACCUAAAACAUAAAUACAGAAAAGCCAUCAUGGUAUCAUCUGUAGUCGACCUUAAAGAGAAGCUAAGUGCUGCUGUUAGCAAAAAUAUCAGCCCAUCCUACUCAGAUCCAAGGUUAGUGUUUGUCUUCUGUGGGAAUGGCGUCACUUACCAUGGCAUGUGCAAGCGGCUACUAAAGCACGAGCGUGUAUUCAGAGAUAAGAUCAAAGAAAUUGCACAACUUUUUAAAAGGCUGAGUGCACUGAACAUCCUGGACAUGCUUGAGAGUGACUUUGAGACCAGUGACUUCAAAGACCCAGAGGUUGUGCAACCAUUACUCUUUGCUAUCCAGGUUGGCAUUACCACCCAACUCAGGCACUGGGGUGUCAAGCCAGAUGCAAUGCUUGGACACUCUGUAGGCGAGGUUGCAGCCGCUCACUGUUCUGGCCUCUUGUCUCUUGAGGAUGCAGUGAAAGUCAUCUAUUUCCGCAGCAUUCUCCAGAGCAAAGUCACUGGGGGGAAGAUGCUUGUGAUCAGCAACAUGGCUGUAUCAGAAGUAAUGGCACUUCUCCCUCCUUACUCUGGUAGAGUUUGCCUUGCUGCUUUCAACAGCCCUCAGUCCUGCACCCUUUCAGGUGACGCAGAUGCAAUCAACAGCCUCCACAAAGAGCUAAGCACCCCUGCCAACAAUCAGAAUCUGUUCCUUCGUGCGCUGGAUGUCCCUGCUGCCUAUCACAGCCACAUGAUGGAUCCGAUUUUGCCAGAAAUCAAGGAAAAAAUUGGCUCCUUACAGGUGAAUGGUCUUGAUACAGAGUUGUUCUCAACAGUGACAGGCAAGGAAAUUCAGCAGGGAGAUUUCUGCACAGGUGAAUACUGGGCUAGAAACAUCCGUGAGCCAGUAGCUUUUGAGCAGGCAGUGAGAUCCGCAACUAAAGGCAAGAAGAACACAGUCUUUGUAGAGAUAGGGCCAAGAAGAGCACUUCAGAGAAACAUUAUGGAAUCUCUGGAUAAUGACACAGCUGUUCUAGCCUCAGUGCAACCAGAGAAAGAUCAUGAAACAAUCAUGUCUGUUGUUUCUAAGCUAUUCGAACUGGGUGUUCAGGUAGAUUGGAACACCUUCCACAAAGGAAAUGAGACAAUGCCACUGCCUUUCCCGAAAUACAAGUUUGAUUGCUCAGACAGAGAUGUUAUCAUCAGAGCAGCACAGAAAAACACAGCAAGUAAUCAUCCUGUGAUCUGUCAAACUGGAGGUGAAAGCAACACUUUCAGCUGUGAUCUGAUGUCAGACUCGUCUUUCUACCUGAAAGAGCACAAACACAACGAUAUACCCAUUAUCCCCGGUGCCUUCUAUGCCGAGUUGGGUUUAGCUGCAGUCAUGGCCAGUGCCAAACCAAAAGUUCCACUCAACUCACUACAGCUCAGUGUCAGUUUUCACAGUCCGUGUGUUUUAACACUGAAUUCACCUGAAAUGAAGGUGCAACUGGAACAAACAGAAAAAGAAACCAGUUUCACAGUAUUCUCCCCAUCUGCAGUUUACGCAUCUGGCACAGUUGUUUCCAAAAGAGAGAGGCUGAUUGAGGAACAGUGCAUUUCACUGAGCUCCAUCUUCAAAAGAUGCAAAUCUGUAGUGAGCUCUCAGGAGUUCUAUGGGUAUCUGUCUCAAGGAGGCUUUCAGUACGGAGAUGUCUUCCAGAAUAAAGGGAACGUCCACUACGGAGAAGAUCUCAAGGAGGCUUUUGCAGUUGUCUCAGUUCCAGAGGAGCUACGAUCUCAAUUGCAUGACUACUGCAUUCAUCCCGUUGUUUUGGAUUUUCUGAUGCAGCUUCUCCCAGUUACAGUUGAGCACAUUUUUGCUGGUAGGCCAGGCUUUCCUGCCAAAAUAGGCAGUUUGACAGUGUUUGAACCCUUGCAAGAUGAGAUGAUUGUCUAUCUGAGAGCAAUUGAUGUGGGCAUUGAUCACUUUGAGGUUUGUGGUUGCUUUGCAGAUAGAGAGGGUAGAGUUUUGGUUGAAGUUAAGCAUGUGGUAAUCAAGUAUCUUGGCAGUUCCUCUCAUGUGGUUGAGGAGUACUUCUACCACAAUGCCUUCAGUGUCAUCCCUGAAAGCAUCACAUCUGCUCCUCCUCCUAAGGCCUUGGUCUUCUGUGAUUGUGUGGGGAUCUCGAAAAGCCUGCAGCAACAUUUGGACUCGAGAUCUCAAUAUAUUUCCCUCACACAUGCCAAAGAUAUCUUGAGCUAUGGCUUCCCCUCUCUCUUGGCAAAACUCAAUAUCAAAGAUAUUGAGCAUAACUUUGAUGAGGUCUUAUUUUUGUGGGGCAAAGAAAACAUUACAUCACUGGCACCUGAUGUUGUCCUGCAGAAUUUGGUGAACUACUGUGAGAUUUUCCGCCAAAUAGUCCUUGAGCUCAAGAGAAUUAACUUCCCAAACUCCAUUCGAGCAGUAACCUACUGUUCAUCUGAUAUCACUGUAGACCACAUUAGUCCAGGUUUUGCUCUUGCUGGUAUGACAAGAUCAUUCGCUGCAGAGAUACCAGAUCUUUUGUUUCAGCUGAUUGACAUAAGCACUGUGUCUGCUAAAGACAUUGCAGCUCUUUCUGAGGUCCUACAAUCAUGUCCUUGCAGUAAAUACCCAGAGUUGGUGGUAAAAGAUGGGCUGAUUUGGAAACCUUCCAUAGUUCGCACCCCACUUGAAAUCACUGACAGUUCAGGGGGCAUUUUUACCUCUACAAUGUCUGAGCCCUGUGUCCUUCAGACUGCUGAUGCACAUAAGAUUACUCAAGUAAGUGCUGUUCACUUCGACGAAGGCUUCCAGCUCAUCAGUGACACAUCAGUUGAAAUUCAGCCCAGUAAGAUAUGCAUUCAUUCAUCUGAUUACUUCCCUGUCAGUGCUUCCCAUUUGAAAUUUGGCAAGACACUGUACUGGAACAAACACUCUACACAGAAUCACAAGCUACUGGCUCUUGAUUUCAGUGGUACUGUUACUGCAGUUGGAAAAGAUGUCAAGAAACUCAAAGUGGGAGACCACAUUGCUUCCUGUUAUCCUGUGGUGGCAGCCAGCAAGGUCAGAGUUCCAGAGGAUGCGUGCUACAGCACCAAACGAUUCCCAUUCCUUCGGAAAACGCCUUGUGUUUCCUACUUUGUGCUAGCAUGGGAAAUCCUGCAUCGAGCCUUGCCCAGACCCAAACAUCAUCUAGGAAUCAUAUCUUCUGUCCCUGACUCUGCUCUGAUGAAAGUCCUGGUACUUUCUUCUUACAAAUCAGGCUGGAAUGUGGUUGUUGGAACACAGUGCAAUGGCUCUUUUGUAGAUGUCAAUAAAAUGGAUGCAUUUGUCAUCCUGCCCCCAUUUGAUGAGUCCCUGAUUGAGAAAAUUUGUAAUUUUCCAGGGGUCCAACAUGUUGUCAUCAUCUGUGAAUCUCAGAUGCAGGGAUUGCUUGCUUGGGAUGUGUUCCACACUGUAAAGGAAAGUGUUCAUGUACAGACAAUUCAGAUGCCAGUCAUUUUGCAAAAGGGAUCCUUGAGAGCACAAAGACCACACAUUUAUCACUGGCUCAAGUCCAUGAACUUGAGCAUGAAAUUUGCUCUUGAAAGUUUUACUUUUCAGAGUGUGAAAUCUGACAGCAUCAAGAAACUUCAUUUGGAGAAACCAGAAUCAUACUUCAACUCAAAGAAAGUGGCUGUUGUCGCUCUGGAAAAAGCAGUGCAGAGCAGUGCUCUGUCUGAGAUUCCAUUGCUCCUAACAAAAAAGCAGCUUUUCCGAAAGAGAGCAGUGUACAUAGUGGCAGGUGGUCUUUCUGGUCUGGGCUUUGAAACUGUCAAGUUCAUCUCACAAAGAGGGGCAGAGUGUGUUGUCAUACUCUCCAGGAGCAAGCCUACACCAGAUGUGCAGCAAGAACUGCACAAUAUCGAGAAACAAUGUGGAAACUGCAUCACUUGCAUGGAGUGUGACAUAUCUGUCUCUGAGCAUGUGCACAAGGCAAUGGGUGUCAUCAGCCAGAAUUUCCCCACUUGUCCAGUUAGAGGAGUGUUUCACAGUGCAGUUGUCUUGCAUGACGGGCUGAUUGAGACACUUGACAGAUCGCUCUAUGAGAAAGUUCUCAAACCAAAAGUAAAUGGUGCACUAAAUUUGCACCAUGCAACACUGCACUGUCCAUUAGACUACUUUGUGUGUUACUCCUCCAUCUCCGCUUUUCUGGGAAAUGCAUCACAAACAAACUAUGCAGCAGCCAACACAUUUCUCGACAUGUUCUGUCAGUACAGGCGCAAACUUGGGCUACCUGGGCAGUCUAUCAACUGGGGAGCUUUGAACCUUGGUCUCCUCUUGAACAAGGAACAUUUUCAGCGAUUUCUGGAGGCAAAAGGGAUGAUGGUGUUGCAUGUGGCUGAAAUUCAUAAAAGUUUGGAGCAAUGCCUUGAGCUCAAUCGACCCCAACAGGCUGUUUGCAGGUUUCACUUCAGAAACAUCAGGUACAACAUCCUCUCUCAAAAUGCCGCCUUGACCAUGCGUCUGUCCGCGUUAGUUGAGGAGGCAUUCCAGAAAUCCAGGGAGACAGAUUCUCAAACUAAACAAGUUGAAUCUGUCUCACCAAAAGAGUAUGUCGUCUCUCUUCUUAGUGAGACCAUUGGCAUGGAUCAGAGUGAACUGAAAGAUGAAUCACCUCUCUCAUCCUUGGGCAUUGACUCCAUGCAGGCCAUGACACUGCAGAAUCUGAUCUUUCAAGAGAGAAGUGUGAAUGUGCCUUUGGUGAAACUGUUGGAUCCCAAUGCCACACUAUCAACAGUGGUAGCUAUACUGAGUGAAGCAGCUGAGGGUGAAAAUGUCGGUGAUAACCUUGUCACCAGUAACUCCACUGAAGACGUGGAGGAUCUUUCAACCAGACUGUAA